GACACAUCACUCACCCAUCAAGCUACUCUUGCUACAGAUUGACGGAUCAGUGAUCUGGGUUUUGCUCUUCUAACUUGGAUUGAUUGGAUUGUCGGUGAAGGAUUUAUUUAGAGGGUAGUAAUUGAAUUUUGAACAUUUGAGUUGACAAUGAGUGGAGCUGUGCUUGUUGCUAUUGCUGCUGCUGUUGGGAAUCUAUUGCAAGGAUGGGACAACGCUACAAUCGCAGCUUCUGUUUUGUACAUAAAGAGGGAGUUCAAUUUGGAGAGUCAACCAGCUGUGGAAGGGCUGAUAGUGGCGAUGUCACUUAUAGGGGCAACUCUGGUUACAACAUGCUCAGGUGCCGUAGCUGACUGGAUAGGCCGCCGUCCUAUGCUUAUAAUCUCUUCUGUGCUCUACUUUCUCAGUGGUAUUGUAAUGUUAUGGUCUCCCAAUGUCUACAUCCUUCUCUUGGCUAGGCUUUUAGAUGGACUGGGGAUUGGUUUGGCAGUUACCCUUGUCCCGCUUUAUAUAUCUGAGACAGCUCCACCUGAAAUAAGGGGAUCAUUGAAUACCCUACCACAGUUCGCUGGCUCUGGUGGGAUGUUCUUGUCAUAUUGUAUGGUUUUUGUGUUGUCCUUGACGGAGGCACCAAGUUGGAGGUUGAUGCUUGGGGUUUUAUCUAUUCCUUCUCUUGUUUAUUUUGCAUUGACUUUAUUUUUCUUGCCUGAGUCUCCACGGUGGCUAGUGAGUAAGGGACGGAUGCUUGAAGCAAAGAAAGUCUUACAGAGGCUGCGCAGCAGAGAAGAUGUCUCUGGUGAGAUGGCUUUACUUGUUGAGGGUCUUGGAGUUGGGGGCGAAACAUCUUUUGAGGAAUACAUAAUUGGUCCGGACAAUGACCUCGUUGAUGACCAUGAUUUAUCUGUUGACAAGGAUAAAAUCAAAUUAUAUGGGACUGAACAAGGUCAAUCAUGGGUUGCCAGACCAGUGACUGGACAAAGUACUAUCGGCCUUGUGUCUCGGCAUGGGAGCAUGGCAAGUAAAAGUGGGAUUGUUGAUCCUCUUGUCACACUCUUCGGUAGUGUUCAUGAAAAGCUCCCUGAUGCAGGAAGCAAGGGCAGUAUGCUUUUCCCACACUUUGGCAGCAUGUUCAGUGUGGGAGGGAAUCAACCUAGGCACGAAGAGUGGGAUGAGGAGAGCAUUGCACCUAGGGAAGGCGAUGACUAUGCAUCCGAUGCAGGUGGCGGUGGUGAUUCGGAUGACAAUUUGCAUAGUCCAUUGAUCUCACGUCAGACAACAAGCAUUGAAAAGGGCAUGGGCCCAACUAAUCAUGGAAGCCUUGUCAGCAUGAGAAACAACAGUCUCCUAGGAGGCGAUCAAGGCGGUAGCACUGAGAUUGGUGGUGGUUGGCAGCUAGCAUGGAAAUGGUCCGAGAGAGAUGGCCAAGAUGGACAUAAAGAAGGAGGGUUUAAAAGAAUUUUUUUGCACCAAGAGGGUGUACCUGGAUCUCGUCGUGAGUCUAUUGUUUCAAUACCUGGUGGCGAUGUACCAGCAGAUAGUGAGUUCAUCCAGGCUACUGCUUUGGUGAGCCAACCGGCUCUUUAUUCCAGAGAUCUUAUACAACAACAUCAUCCAGUUGGACCAGCAAUGGUUCACCCAGCUGCAGCUUCUGCUAAAGGGACAAGUUGGAGUGAUCUUUUCGAACCAGGAGUCAAGCAUGCUUUGGUUGUUGGUGUCGGACUUCAAAUACUUCAGCAGUUCUCCGGCAUAAAUGGGGUUCUCUACUACACACCUCAAAUUCUUGAGCAGGCCGGUGUUGGAGUGCUUCUUUCAAACCUCGGUCUUAGCUCAGCUUCUGCAUCUCUGCUUAUUAGUGGAUUGACAACCUUGUUGAUGCUUCCUAGUAUUGCUGUUGCCAUGAGGCUCAUGGAUAUCUCAGGCAGAAGGACCUUACUGCUCACCACUAUCCCUGUCUUGAUACUUUCUCUCGUGAUCCUAGUCCUUGGAAGCCUUGUGAAUUUUGGUAGUGUUGUGAAUGCAGCAAUCUCAACUGGUAGCGUUGUGAUCUACUUCUGCUCUUUUGUGAUGGGAUUCGGACCAGUCCCCAACAUUCUCUGUGCAGAAAUCUUUCCCACCCGAGUCCGGGGUCUCUGCAUUGCCAUCUGUGCUCUCACAUUUUGGAUUUGUGACAUCAUCGUUACCUACUCCCUUCCGGUGCUGCUCAAAUCCGUCGGCCUAUCUGGCGUAUUUGGCAUGUACGCUGUAGUGUGCGUCAUCGCUUGGAUUUUUGUUUUCAUCAAAGUACCGGAAACCAAAGGCAUGCCCCUUGAAGUUAUCACCGAGUUCUUCGCUGUUGGUGCAAAACAGGCUGCUGCAGCUGCCAAAGACAAUUAGUUUACAUGUGAAUUAGAAACUUGUUUUUGAAUUUAUACUUUCUUGCUACUUUUGCAAAUUGUACGGUGAAUCCUUUAGAAAGGAUGAUAUAUACAUUUUUUAUCUGUCAUUUGUGUUAUACAUGACAAACGACUUGAUAGCGUUUUGUGUAACCGUAAUGAUUUUCGGCAUCCAAACUUUUGCUUUGAAUUCAUGCAUCAUGCAGUAUUGUAGUUG